AUGGCCUCAUUCAAGAAGUCCUUUGAGAGCCUAAAGGGCACGGGCCACUCUGCAGCCAAGGGAGUGACAGACAACACAGUGGAAGCAGCUCAAGAGGCGAUACAGCAGGUGGCAGACUCCUCCAAAGAAACCAUGAGUGCAGCUGCCCAGGAGGUGAGCAGACAGAGUCAAGCCUCCAUUGGCAAAGCUGCGGACAAGGCCUCCGACGGCAUCAAAGAGUUUGGACAGAGCCUGCACACAAAAUGA